UCAGACCAGCCACUAUCUCUCUCUCUAUAUAAUUUCUCAAGUGAACACUUGCUUUCGCUCUUGCUUUCACUGAUACAUUUUUUGAGUCUACUUUGCUCUUCAUCCUUUGUUUCUUUCUUUAGGUUUUGGUCUCUCUUACUGUGUAACUACUCACAAUGAUUCAGCUUGGGUUUCUUCUUCUACUGAGAAAGUGUUGUUUGUGUGAUUGUGUUAUUUUCUUGAAAGAAGCUGUAAUUUUCCUAAAAUCUUCGGUUAAGCUUUUUUUUUUACUUGUCUGAAAACACCUUUUUUUUUGCUUUUGUCUCUGCUUCUUGUUCAAACUUUGUGUUCCACUUGUCUGUGGACUUUCACUAGAAGACACGACCUUAGAAUCUUCUUUGUCUGAGAAAACAAAAGAGACAAGCACUUUCACUUACGUUAGGCUUAAUAAACCACAGAUUUUCCGAAGAAGUUAAAGAUAAAAGAAAAGAAGAAACCAAAAGGAAACUGAGACUGAGAGAGAGAAGCUCGCAUCCCAGUGUGAAAGUACAAAAUCCGUCGGGAAUUCGAAGAUUAUUAUUUUUUAAAAAUGGCGAUGGCUGUGGCGGUGGGGAAUCGCCAUGAGAGUGGUGAGAAUAUAAAUCGGCAUUUGGAUAGCAGCGGGAAGUAUGUAAGGUACACGGGGGAGCAAGUGGAGGCACUGGAGCGCGUUUACUCAGAAUGUCCUAAACCCACGUCUCUCCGCCGUCAACAGCUGAUCAGAGAAUGCCCCUUUUUGGCCAAUAUUGAACCCAAGCAGAUCAAAGUCUGGUUUCAAAACCGAAGGUGUCGAGAUAAACAGAGGAAAGAGGCGUCGAGGCUGCAGAGCGUAAACCAGAAGCUUUCAGCUAUGAAUAAGCUGCUGAUGGAGGAGAAUGAUAGGCUUCAAAAACAGGUUUCUCAUCUUGUCAGUGAAAACGGAUACAUGAAGCAGCAGCUCACCUUGACCACACUCGUAAUGCAUCCCCACAAAUAUAUGUAUGAUUCGUUUGGUAUUUACAAAGUUGUGAUGUUAAUUCCGGUGUUUGUGGAUUUUCAGGGGACUGAUGCUAGCUGCGACUCCGUGGAUCCAACUCCUCCUCAGCAUCCCCUUAGAGAUGCAAAUAGUCCUGCAGGAUUGAUGGCGAUUGCAGAGGAGACCUUGGCAGAGUUCCUUUCAAAGGCUACAGGAACUGCUGUUGAUUGGGUCCAGAUGCCUGGUAUGAAGCCUGGUCCGGAUUCGGUUGGCAUUUUUGCCAUUUCACAAAAAUGCUAUGGCGUGGCAGCUCGAGCCUGUGGUCUUGUCAGUUUAGAACCUAUGAAGAUUGUUGAGAUACUCAAAGAUCGACAAUCUUGGUUCCGCGACUGCCGGAGCAUUGAAGUUUUCACAAUGUUCCCUGCUGGUAAUGGUGGAACGAUUGAACUCAUAUAUAUGCAGACAUAUGCACCGACGACUCUGGCUCCUGCCCGUGACUUCUGGACCCUGAGAUACACUACAAGCCUUGAGAAGGGCAGUUUUGUGGUUUGUGAGAGGUCUCUCUCUGGUUCAGGAGCUGGUCCUAAUGCUACUUCCGCUGCUCAGUUUGUGAGGGCAGAGAUGCUUCCUAGUGGCUAUUUAAUAAGGCCUUGUGAUGGUGGUGGUUCCAUAAUUCACAUCGUCGAUCACAUUAAUUUUGAGGGUUGGAGUGUACCAGACGUGCUGCGGCCCCUUUAUGAAUCUUCCAAAGUAGUUGCACAGAGAAUGACAAUUGCUGCGUUGAGAUAUGUGAGGCAAGUAGCGCAUGAGACAAAUGGAGAAGUGGUAUACGGAUUAGGUAGACAGCCUGCGGUUUUGAGAACUUUUAGCCAAAGACUAAGCAGAGGUUUCAAUGAUGCGGUUAAUGGGUUUAAUGACGAUGGGUGGUCCAUAAUGCAUUGUAAUGGCGCAGAAGACAUAACUGUUGCUGUUAACUCUACGAAGCACUUGAAUAGUUUUUCUGAUCCACUCUCUUUUCUAGGAGGUGUGCUCUGCGCCAAGGCUUCAAUGCUUCUUCAAAAUGUUUGUCCUGCGGUUCUCGUUCGAUUUCUAAGGGAGCAUCGGUCUGAGUGGGCUGAUUUCAAUGUUGAUGCAUAUUCUGCUGCCACGCUGAAAGCUGGUGCCUUUGCUUAUUCCGGAAUGAGGCCUACAACGUUCACCGGUAGCCAAAUCAUAAUGCCAUUAGGGAAUACAAUUGAAAAGGAAGAGAUGCUAGAAGUUGUUAGAUUAGAAGGGCAUUCUCUAGUCCCAGAAGACUCAUUUUUGUCUAGGGAUGUACAUCUUCUACAGAUUUGUACUGGGGUUGAUAAGGAUGCUGUUGGAGCUUGUUCAGAGCUUGUAUUUGCUCCAGUCAAUGAGAUGUUUCCUGAUGAUGCUCCCCUUGUUCCUUCUGGUUUCCGAGUCAUACCUGUUGAUUCUAAAACGGGAGAUUCUCAGGACUUGCUUACUGCUAACCACCGGACAUUAGACUUAACUUCAAGCCAAGAUGUGGGUUCUACACCAGAGACGGGUUCUAGUCGGUGCAUACUCACGAUUGCUUUUCAGUUCCCCUUUGAGAAUAACUUGCAAGAGAAUGUUGCCAACAUGGCUUGUCAGUAUGUGCGGAGCGUGAUUUCCUCGGUUCAACGGGUUGCAGUGGCGCUCUCACCGUCUGGGUUAAUCCCGAUUCCUGGUUCCAAGUUGUCUCCGGGGUUCCCUGAAGCUGUUUCUCUUGCAAUAUGGAUCUGCCAAAGUUACAAACAACACUUUGGCUCUGAUUUGCUGAGGACAGACUCACUUGGAGGUGAUGCGUUAUUAAGACAACUAUGGGAUCACCAAGAUGCUAUAUUGUGUUGCUCUUUGAAGCCACAGCCAGUGUUCAUGUUUGCGAACCAGGCAGGUCUAGACAUGUUAGAGACAACGCUCGUUGCGUUACAAGACAUCGCAUUGGAGAAGAUCUUUGACGAGUCAGGUCGUAAAGCCCUCUGCCCAGAUUUUGCCAAGCUAAUGCAGCAGGGAUUUGCUUGCUUACCAUCUGGAAUGUGCGUGUCGACAAUGGGGAGACAUGUUUCGUACGAGCAAGCUGUUUCAUGGAAAGUGUUCUCUGACUGUUAAGACAAUAACAACAAUAGAAUUCAUUGUCUUGCUUUCUUGUUUGCGAACUGGUCGUUUCUCUGAUCUCUGAUCCUCUUGUUGUCUUUAAGGGGGUAUCCUUUACUCAUUUUUGAUUGAUUUAGGUGCUUUAUUUUGUAA